GACUUUCUUUGGCGGGAGUGCAGAUAUCCAAAACGUUGUUAUUGUUAGAAUGUUCAAUAUCUUUUAAGUUAUAUCACCUGUCUGCAUAUUAAUGUCUUUCACGCACCAGCUAUGCGUUCAACCACCAUGGGCUACUGGAGGAUGCUCACCCUGGGGGCAGAGUACGUGGACACCUGGGCUGUGUCACCUGAAAGCAGUGGGCUCCCAGGCCAACAGGUAGAGAAGGAGCAGGGUCCCCUGGAGGAGACAGACACCACAGGCGCUGACGGCACGGAGGAGGCAUCAUGUGGAGCCAGCACCUUGCAUAAGUAUGACACGGUUUUACACCUGGACGAGGUGGAGGGACCGGAAAGGAGAGAUGGUGUGCGUCACAUCACCAUGAAGCAUGAGACCCUGAACAGCACAGCACGUUUUUGGCCUGGAGGGAUGGCUCGCUUCGCAGAAGAUCUACCCACCCGCUAUGGAGGAGGCGCAGGCGGCGGAGGGAGAGGCGGACCGGGCGCCGGGAGAGGGGGAGCCCGGGGUGGCGGCGCUCCGGGUGGCCAGCGGGUGUACAAGCAGUCGAUGGCCCAGAGAGCCCGGACAAUGGCCAUUUACAACCCGAACCCUGUCAAACAAAACUGCUUCACUGUCAACCGCUCCCUCUUCAUCUUCCGCGAGGACAAUGUCAUCAGGAAGUACGCAAAGCGAAUAACCGAGUGGCCUCCAUUUGAGUACAUGAUCCUUGCUACAAUUAUUGCCAACUGCAUCGUCUUGGCCCUGGAGCAGCACCUACCGGCCGAUGACAAGACGCCCAUGUCAGAACGUCUGGACGACACAGAGCCCUACUUUAUUGGAAUAUUCUGUUUCGAGGCUGCCAUUAAGAUCAUCGCCCUGGGCUUUGCAUUUCACAAAGGCUCCUACCUCCGCAACGGCUGGAAUGUAAUGGACUUCGUGGUCGUCCUCACAGGAAUCCUGGCCAAGGUGGGUUCGGAGUUUGACCUGCGAACACUGCGGGCGGUGAGAGUGCUGAGGCCUCUAAAACUUGUGUCAGGAAUCCCCAGUCUCCAGGUGGUGUUGAAGUCCAUAAUGAAAGCCAUGGUUCCUCUGCUUCAGAUUGGCCUGCUGCUCUUCUUCGCCAUUGUCAUGUUUGCCAUCAUCGGAGUGGAGUUCUACAUGGGCAAAUUCCACAGCACCUGCUUCAAGAUGGACACUGGUGAGAAAGCAGAGGACUGGCCUUGUGGUCAGGAGCUCCCAGCCAGGACGUGUCCCAAUGGCACCGUAUGCAGAGAGUACUGGACUGGACCCAACUUUGGUAUUACCAAUUUUGACAACAUCCUGUUUGCGGUGCUUACUGUGUUCCAGUGCAUCACCAUGGAGGGCUGGGUGGAGAUCCUCUACAAUACCAAUGAUGUAGCAGGGAACACCUGGAACUGGCUCUACUUCAUUCCGCUCAUCAUCAUCGGCUCCUUCUUCAUGCUCAACCUGGUGCUGGGUGUCCUAUCUGGAGAAUUUGCCAAGGAGAGAGAGCGUGUAGAGAAGAGACAGGAGUUCCUGAAGCUUCGGAGGCAGCAGCAGAUAGAGAGAGAGCUCACCGGAUACUUGGAGUGGAUCUGCAAAGCAGAGGAGGUGUUGCUGGAGGAGGAGGAUGAGAUUGCAGAGGAGAAGUCCCCGCUGGAUGGUGCGUGGUACAAGAGGAAACAAAACCUUCCAGUCUUGAAAAGAAGCAAAGCCAAGAAAGGUAAAAAUGACCUGAUCAGUGCAGAGGAGGGGGAGGAUCCUUUCGCAGACAUCUCCUCUGUUGCUCCUCCGGGCUCUCCCUUUGGUCGGGCCAGUGUGAAAAGCAGCAAUAAGUUGGACAGCUCCUCCUACUUCCGGCGUAAAGAGAAGAGGACACGAUUCUUCAUCCGCCGCAUGGUGAAAGCUCAGAGCUUCUACUGGAUCGUUCUGUGUUUGGUGGGCCUCAACACUCUGUGUGUGGCCAUAGUUCACUACGACCAGCCCGAUUGGCUUACAAAGGCCCUCUACACAGCAGAGUUUGUGUUUCUGGGUUUGUUUCUGACUGAGAUGACCUUGAAGAUGUACGGCCUCGGAGCAAGGAAUUAUUUCCAUUCCUCGUUCAACUGCUUUGACUUUGGGGUGAUUGUGGGAAGUAUUUGUGAGGUGAUCUGGGACAUGAUUAAACCAGGAGCAUCGUUUGGUAUCAGUGUGUUGAGAGCCCUGCGACUGCUCAGGAUAUUCAAAGUCACCAAAUAUUGGAACUCGUUGAGGAACCUAGUGGUCUCGCUCCUCAAUUCCAUGAAGUCCAUCAUCAGCUUGCUCUUCCUCCUCUUCCUCUUCAUCGUGGUCUUCGCUCUGCUUGGCAUGCAGCUCUUCGGAGGACACUUUAACUUUGACCAUCAAACGCCAACAACAAACUUUGAUACCUUCCCAGCAGCCAUCCUCACGGUGUUCCAGAUUCUGACGGGUGAGGACUGGAAUGCUGUCAUGUACCAUGGGAUUGAAUCUCAAGGAGGUGUUCGCCGCGGCAUGCCCUUCUCCAUCUACUUCAUCGUCCUCACACUCUUUGGAAACUACACCCUCCUAAAUGUCUUCUUGGCUAUCGCUGUCGAUAACCUCGCAAAUGCACAGGAGUUGACUAAGGAUGAAGAGGAGCAGGAGGAGGCAGCCAAUAAGAAGCUUGCCCUGCAGAAGGCUUUGGAGGUGAAGGAAGUCAGUCCAAUGUCAGCAGCCAACAUCUCAAUUGCUGCUUUUGUAAAGCAAAAUCGAGAUGCACUCUCUCGCAGGUCGUCCAUCAACAGCAUUCAGUCACUUAAGGAGCAACAGCGGUCAUCAAAGGCCAUGUCAGUGUGGGAGCAGAGGACCAACCAGUUAAGGAGACACAACAUGAGGGCGAGCAGCGAGGCUUUGUUCAAUGAACUCGAUCCAGAAGAGCGCCUCCGCGUGUCCUCUGCCCUCCACCUGCAUCCUGACAUGAAGACUCACCUGGACCGGCCACUUGUAGUGGAGGCCAGGGACGGUGACAAACCCAGUAGGCCUGCUGAAGGAGGACGAGAGGAGGCAGGGGAUCCCCAGCAGGAUGGGGACAAUUUCCACCCGCAGUCCAGGAAGCAUCACCGGCACCGCGACAAGAAUGGGGAGAGUAGGGAUGGAGGCGAGGGCCGGGGAGGGCGGCACCACACUCAUGGCAGCCGGAGCAGAGAGCACAAUACAGAUGGUGCUCAGACAAAGGAGAGGAGAGGGGACAGGAGCCACAGCCGUGAUGGAGGGCAGGGUCACAGACACCACCAUCAUACUGGUUCUCCUGAGGACGAGGCCAAUGAUGUGCGAGGACGAGGAGAGGAAAGGGGGCAUCGCCAUCAUCACUCCCACCGUGCUCAAAAAGAGGAAAAUGGGAUGAUAGCAAAUGGUGCACAGGGAGAACGCAAGGGGAAGGGAGGAGGAGGAAUGGACAGUAAUGGAGAGAGGAAGGGACGCUGCUCACGUAUGGUCAGAGCUCAGUCAACACUGGAUGGAGACGACUGCAAGAGAAACAAGAAUGGAACCAAAGGUCACUGGGAGAGGCAGCCAGAUGCUGAGGUGGAUGGCCUUGCCUCCAGUCCUCUGCAGGCAAUGCAGAGUAGCCUGAGUCUUGGAGAAAAGCAAGAGGAUGCUGACAACCAGAAAAACUCCACCAGGGCCAGCCAGGCCGGCCUCAACAGCAAUGCUAUCCACAUCCCUGUCACCAUCACCGCCCCGCCUGGAGAAACCACCAUCAUACCCAUGAACAACAUUGACAACUUCCAGCUCAAUGAGGAGAAGAAAGAUCUGGAGGAGGCGGCGGCCGCUAAUGGGCCUCGACAGAUCCUUCCCUACAGCUCCAUGUUCAUCUUUGGGCAAACAAACCCGGUGCGGCGGCUGUGUCAUUACGUGGUCAACCUACGUUACUUUGAGAUGUGCAUCCUGAUGGUCAUUACCAUGAGCAGCAUCGCACUGGCAGCUGAGGACCCCGUUCAAGCCAACGCACCACGCAACAACGUUCUUAAAUAUCUGGAUUACGUCUUUACUGGAGUCUUCACUUUUGAGAUGGUGAUUAAGAUGAUCGACUUGGGACUGCUCCUCCAUCCUGGUUCUUAUUUUCGUGACCUGUGGAACAUUCUGGACUUCAUUGUGGUCAGCGGUGCUCUGGUUGCCUUUGCCUGCUCGAGCCUUAUGGGAUCGCAACAAAGCGUGGCCAGAGGGACGAAAGGCAAGGACAUCAACACCAUCAAGUCCUUGAGGGUUCUUCGAGUCCUGCGGCCACUCAAGACCAUUAAACGGCUGCCCAAGCUGAAGGCGGUGUUCGACUGUGUCGUAAACUCUCUGAAGAAUGUUCUUAACAUCCUCAUCGUCUACAUCCUCUUCAUGUUCAUCUUCGCUGUUAUCGCUGUGCAGCUAUUUAAGGGCAAAUUCUUCUACUGCACUGACGAGUCCAAGGGCCUGGAGAAAGACUGCAGGGGUCAUUUUCUGGACUAUGGCAGAGAUGACGUAGCAGCUCAGCCCAGAGAGUGGAAGAAAUAUGAGUUCCACUACGACAACGUCCUCUGGGCCUUUCUAACGCUCUUUACUGUCUCCACCGGAGAGGGCUGGCCAGUGGUCCUGAAGCAUUCUGUGGAUGCCACUUAUGAGGACAGAGGCCCCAACCCAGGCUUCCGCAUGGAGACAUCCAUCUUUUAUGUGGUCUACUUUGUGGUGUUCCCCUUCUUCUUUGUCAACAUAUUCGUGGCUUUGAUCAUCAUUACCUUCCAGGAGCAGGGAGACAAGGCCAUGUCAGAGUGUAGCCUGGAGAAAAAUGAGAGGGCUUGUAUCGACUUUGCAAUCAACGCCAAGCCACUGACAAGAUACAUGCCAGAGAACAAGCAGUCCUUCCAGUACAAGAUGUGGAAAUUUGUGGUGUCGCCUCCUUUCGAGUACGCCAUCAUGACCUUAAUCGCCCUAAACACAGUUGUGCUGAUGAUGAAGUUCUACGACGCUCCAGUGCUGUACGAGUCCAUGCUGAAAUACUUAAACAUCGUUUUCACAGCCCUCUUCACGCUCGAGUGCGUCCUCAAGAUUAUUGCCUUCGGUCCACUGAAUUACCUGAAAGCAGCCUGGAACGUGUUUGACUUUGUGACUGUGCUUGGGAGCAUCACAGACAUCUUGGUCACAGAGAUUAAGACGGACAAGAUGAUCAACUUGAGUUUCCUGAGGCUGUUCAGAGCAGCUCGUCUCAUCAAGCUGCUGCGGCAGGGCUACACCAUCCGCAUCCUGCUAUGGACCUUUGUUCAGUCCUUCAAGGCUCUGCCGUAUGUCUGCCUACUCAUUGCCAUGCUGUUCUUCAUCUAUGCCAUCAUUGGAAUGCAGGUGUUUGGAAACAUCGAGCUGAAUGAAGACACCGAAAUAAAUCACCACAACAACUUUCAGACCUUUUUCCAGGCCUUGACCCUUCUCUUCAGGAGUGCGACAGGCGAAUCAUGGCAUGAGAUCAUGUUAGGGUGUCUCAGCAACCGGCCGUGUGAUAAGCUCUCAGGAACCGUGGGGAAGGAGUGUGGAAGUGACUUUGCCUACUUCUACUUUGUUUCCUUCAUCUUCCUCUGCUCCUUCCUGAUGUUGAAUCUUUUUGUCGCUGUCAUCAUGGACAACUUUGAGUAUUUGACCAGGGACGCCUCCAUCCUGGGGCCUCAUCACCUUGAUGAAUUCAUCCGUGUGUGGGCGGAGUAUGACCCUGCUGCCUGCGGGAGGAUAUGCUAUCAGGAUAUGUACAAAUUGUUGCGUUUUAUCUCACCUCCCCUGGGCUUGGGGAAGAAGUGCCCUAACAGGGUGGCUUAUAAGCGAUUGGUGAAGAUGAACAUGCCCAUUGCAGACGACAACACAGUGCACUUCACCUCCACGCUGAUGGCCUUGAUUCGCACAGCCCUGGAGAUCAAACUGGCAUCUGGGGUCCUGGCGCAGCAUUUGUGCGAUGUUGACCUGAAGAGGGAGAUAAACCGAGUCUGGCCCAACCUGUCGCAGAAGACUGUCAACCUGCUGGUGACGCCACCUAAAUACAAUGAGUUGACUGUGGGGAAAGUCUACGCAGCUCUAAUGAUCUUUGACUACUAUAAGCAAAAUCGUGCCAAGAGACUCCAGCAGCAGCAGUCUUCAGGGGGACCUCAGAGUAAACUGUCGGCGUUAUUCCGUCCUGUGUUGCCCCUCACUCACAUACUGGAAGUAGAACCACCGUUCCCCAGUCCCAAACAGCCCCUCCCACCCAAGCCUGGGCCAGAGCCAAAGCCAGAGGCACCACCCACCACCAUCACCACCACUGCCACUACUGCCACCUCGGUUAACAGGGAUACAAUACUAAACCAUAGAAGUGCCAUAAAACAUUCCCAGUCCGGAGAUGUUUCUCAGGCAGCACAGAGGCCUAAAGGCCGAAGAAAACUACAGAGGGGCCAGUCAGAGGAUGUGCCAUAUUCCACCAGACCUCAGGAACUGGUUGAACUGAAGCAGGUGGAGAACAUUUCAGACACAGAAGGAUAUCCAAGCCAGGAAGGCCACUGCAGAGCAGCUUCUCUGCCCCGACUCAAUGCUGAGUAUUACCGGAGCCACCCUCGCCACGCCCCUGGGACCCACCUGGCACCAAUUGUCGACCUCAGUCCUAUAAAACGCUCAGCGUCCUCGUUGACACAGCAGCACCACCAGGAGGCCGGCCUGAGGGAGUACAACCUGGAACGGCCCAACUUGGCCCAGUCCUCAACAGGGCCAGGGCAAGUCCAGGGCCAGGACAGAGCCCACCACCAUCACCACCACCACCGCUGCCAUCGACGCAGGGACAAGGACAAAGACAAGAAGCAGAAGUCCUUGGAUAGAGCUACAUCAGUGCAACCGUCCAGCACUGUUGGUUCCUUUACCGACCCUUCAGCUGAAGGCAUGUCCAGAGAACGAGCGAGGGAGCGGGACCGCAGCCGGCCUCAUGAGAGAAGGCACCACUCCUCAGCAGGAGAGAAGCAGCGCUACUACUCUUGCGAGCGCUACGGCAGCAGGGAGCAGUGUCACACCAAGUCAGCUGGUCCCAGUCGAUCCACAUCCCCCGGAGAGGGACAGGAUGCUGGUUUGCUUAAACAGCACGGUAGCAGUGUGGUUAAAGGUGGCCUUGUAAUGCUCCCCUCUGGUUCGAGUACUCCGGGCCGCAGUCGCAGGCAGCUCCCUCAGACGCCCCUCACUCCUCGUCCUGCUGUGGCCUAUAAAACUGCCAACUCCUCACCUCUCCCGUCCGGGGCCAGCACCACUAUGACAGGGCAUCAGACUCACUUCCGCCGUGGCCUUUCAGAGCAUGAUCGCUUAUUCGGGGGCCUCGACGAGUCCCCGAUGCCCAUCACCCGCAUUGGCUCGGACCCUAAUUUAAACCGGCAGUCACAGGUCACUUCUCAACAAGCCCUCCUUGAAGAUACAGAGGACUUCCAUGACACUGUAAGCAGCCAUGGAGAGGGACUCUCUGCCAGAACCACUGCCUCCUCUACAGCUUCAGCUUCACAUGGAACUGCUGCUGCACCCGUCUCAGUGCCCGCCACACACAGCCGGGCAGGAGUGGUGCCUAAUGGGUACCACUUCACAGUCGGGGUCAACUCUGCGUCUGGGCCUGGGAGCCGAGACACAGGAAGACUCAGGGAGAGGGACGAAGAGGACUGGUGCUAACAUGGACGAAAGCUGAGGACGUUGUACAGCACUCAUGUCAGCUCCAAUGAGCUGACAGGAAGUUAACGGAUUAAUAGAGAAGGAAAGCUGUUAAGUAAAAAGCCAGUGAAAAGUGCUAUAAAAGGGGAUCAGAAAUCAUUCCAGCUUUGUCUUGUUACUCUCCUUUUUUAUACAAAAAACUGUUUAAGGGAAAAAAAAGACACCGAUGACUUUUUCUACUCCCUUUACUUGCACUGAAAUUAUAGCACAUGUGAAGACCCUUAAGUAUUUUGCCUUGGCCAGUAAAAUCAGUGUUGGAGCAGAAGACAAAAGCCAAAAGUGAAAUUAUGAACUGUGUUUCAGACAGAUCUGAAUGCCUCAUUCCUGGUAUUUUUAUGACUGCUCGCAACACUGUUUUUAUUUUUGUAUGUUUCAUUUUGUUUAUGUUUGCCAUGUAGGUGAGAGAAGAGUUUCAACUUGAUCAUA